GAUCGUGACGUCAGUGCCCCCGCGCCGGCCAGCCAGACGCCUUCAGCUGUCCCGGGUUAGGUGCUUCCCACCGGCUCGCGUGGCUUUUGGGGUCCUUUCCUCCAGACUUCCUGGGCCUGGAAAAGUGAAGUUAUUUUCCUGCCCUGACAGCUGAGAAUGUACCACAACAGUAGCCAGAAGCGGCACUGGACUUUCGCCAGCGAGGAGCAGCUGGCGGGACUGCGGGCCGACGCCAACCGCAAGUUCAAAUGCAAGGCGGUGGCGAACGGGAAGGUUCUUCCCAAUGAUCCAGUCUUUCUUGAGCCUCAUGAAGAAAUGACACUCUGCAAAUACUAUGAGAAAAGAUUAUUGGAAUUUUGUUCAGUGUUUAAGCCAGCAAUGCCGAGGUCUGCGGUGGGUACAGCUUGUAUGUAUUUCAAGCGUUUUUAUCUCAAUAACUCAGUAAUGGAAUAUCACCCCCGGAUAAUAAUGCUCACAUGUGCAUUUUUGGCCUGCAAAGUGGAUGAAUUCAAUGUAUCUAGUCUACAAUUUGUUGGAAAUCUGCGGGAGAGCCCUCUUGGAAAGGAGAAGGCACUUGAACAGAUUUUGGAAUAUGAACUGCUUCUUAUACAGCAACUUAAUUUCCACCUUAUUGUCCACAAUCCUUAUAGACCAUUUGAAGGCUUUCUCAUUGAUUUAAAGACCCGCUAUCCCAUGUUGGAGAAUCCAGAGAUUUUGAGGAAAACAGCAGAUGACUUUCUUAAUAGAGUUGCGCUGACGGAUGCUUACCUUUUAUACACACCUUCUCAAAUCGCCCUGACUGCCAUUUUAUCCAGUGCUUCCAGAGCAGGAAUUACUAUGGAAAGUUAUUUAUCAGAAAGUCUGAUGCUGAAAGAGAACAGAACUUGCUUGUCACAGUUAUUAGAUGUAAUGAAAAGCAUGAGAAACUUGGUAAAGAAAUAUGAACCACCGAGACCUGAAGAAGUUGCUGUUUUGAAGCAGAAGUUGGAGAGAUGUCAUUCUGCUGAGCUUGCACUUAACGUAAUUACGAAGAAGAGGAAAGGCUAUGAAGAUGAUGAUUAUGUCUCAAAGAAAUCCAAACAUGAGGAGGUAUGUUCUCCAAAGGAAGAAUGGACUGAUGAUGACCUGGUAGAUUCUCUCUAACCAUUUGAAAUUGAUUUGUCAAUGCUAACAAAUCAACAGAAGGAUGAAGCAUAUCUGGCAUUUAAAUUUCUUUAAAAAUGAAAUAAUGUGGAAGCAUCAAAGUACAGUAAACUUUAUUUAUUUGAAAGUUUUUCCUUCCAGGGUAGCUUGAUGUAAAAUAAGGUAUGUUCAAAGGACCCAGAAUAGCACCUGGUUUGGAUAAUCUGACCCCCACCCCCAUGACUAAUAAUUAAAUUAGUCUUCCUAUAGUAGCCAAAGCUGUAACUUAUUGCAUUUUGUUUAAAACAACAUAGGCAAAUAAGCAAACAGCCCUUGUGAAAAAAGGCACCAUUAUAUGUGGUUUCUCAAAUGCCAUCUGAUGUACUUAGCUAUGUUACCACUUAACUACAGAAUGUAUGAAAGCUAGUGACCCAGGUAUUUUUUUCCUCAAUUAGUUAACUGAAAACAUCUCCAAAUGGUUUUCUUAAAAAGAAAUCAAACAGGCAGUCUUUAGUAGUUGUCUAGAUUAAAAACCUAAAGGUUGGGUAGCAGCAAAUUGUAUGUUCAGUUUUAUAAUUAACCUGUUAGAUUACCAUAUAAAUGUGUUACAGUUAGUAGAAAAUUUUCAGAUUAAGUAUAUUAUUCUAGAAAUUUAUUUUAAAUAGAAAGAAGUAGACAUAAAUGCACAGACUUUAGCACCAGAUUACUUUGGUGUGAAUCAUGGCUACCUCCACUUUGGGCAAAUUACUAAAGCUCUGUGCCUAUUUUUUCCCCAGGGGAAAAUAAUGCCUCUGUAUACUAAGUGUUCAAUAAAUGUUGGCUAUUAAUA